UUAAAACUCCACUCCCUUCUCUUUCCCACCUUACACUCCCUUGCCUUGUGCAUAUUUAUCUAACUGAAUGCUUGUUAAACUCACACCAUGCACACUUAUCUAUGUUUGUUAAGAAGUACCAGAGGCUAAUUUAAAAAGAAACAAGCACAAACACCCAGAUGUUGAAUUCUCUCCUUCUUACAGACUCUCUCAAGAUGAAUAAACUACUGCCCAGUCACUGUCAAGAUGGCAUCAGCCUGAAGCUCCAGGUAGACCAUAACUCAAGACAGGCACUGGGGCGAGACACACAUCCACUGAAUCCUGCACAACUCCUGCAUGCCUCCCAUAUCAAGGUUCCCUUUUUAAAACCGCUUCCCUCAGCCCAGACUUUUGAAGUGGUUUCUAGAGGCAUACACCAGUUGCUUCCCCACUGCUAGCUUUGGAAAAUAAAGUCACUUUCCUUUGACUGCACUUGGUCCUUGUCGUUGGCUCUGCAAGCAGUGAGCAGCCGAGCCUGCAGUACAGGAGGAAGAGAAUCAGUGAACCCAGAGAAUGAAGUUUCCCAUUCCGGAUGUCAGAAGCAUUCGAACCAGAGUGACUCUAUCAUGAGUGAGGGCGAGGAAAAAUGAGGCUUGGACUAGCUGGGCUGCAUUUCCAGGAGGUUAGGCAUUCCUAGCCUCUAGAUGUUUACGGUUAAGGGAACAGAUUCAUAAUGUUUACUAAACAGACCCAGACUCAGGAAUGUCCCAAUAUCCCAAUAUCUUGAGAACAAAGACGUUCCUAAAUUUGCUUUAAAGAUAAUAGUAUUGAUUCUUGCAAAAUAUAGUAAUUAAAAAAUCAAUCCUUUAUCACAAACCCUUGUAUUAAUAGUAGAGCACAUCCCCGCGUUUUGUUAUCCUAUAUGUAAACAAAUAUUGUACCUAGGGUGGGCAUGUGCCUCCUCUUACUUUCAGGAAUGCCCUACUCUUUCUAUACAGCAGCUUUUCUUUCACCACUCCACUUUCUUAAUAAAUUUGCUUUCGUUUUGCACUGUGAACUCUCACUGAAUUCUUUCUUGUGCGAGAUUCAAGAAUCCUCUCUUGGAGUCUGGAUUGGGAACCCUUUCCUGGCAAACCCCAUGGGGAUUCUACUGAAGAGACCCUCCACCCAAAGGAAAGUCAUCUGCUUGCAACACCAACUGGCCAACUUUGGUAACAGGGACAGAACAGGGGAAGCAGAAAGAGCAAAAAGAACCUCCCACAAGGUGCAGCUCUUGGCUGAACUAGUGAAGCAAAAAGGUGGAAAGCCCAGAACUGGGCAUCUGAGUUACCAUGUCUUGGAUAUUCAUCAGUGUGUACACUGUAAGAAAACUGGCCAUUGGAAAAGGGAAUGCCCACCAUUCCGAAGGGAGCCAUUGGCACCCAAACCAGUGAUGGCCAAAAUAGCCAAGCAAGCCCAAGAGUGCUGGGGCCCAAGAUGUUCUUACACACCUCCUGUUGGACAACUAGCCACAUCUUCAGAGGAGCCUCAGGUAACCCUUGAAGUGAAGGUAAGAAUAUUAACUUCCUUCUGGAUAUGGGAGCUGCUUACUCUGUUUUGACCCAUUAUAAUGAGUUUCUGUCACCCCAAAAGUGUAUGGUCAUGGGGUUACAUGGACAAGCUCACCGAUGCCACUUUACCUAUCCUGUAAGCUGCCCAUCAGGGACUUUGGUUUUCUCAGUUGCCUUUCUUAAAAUGCCUGACUGUUCCACCCCUUUAUUGGGAAGGGAUUUGUUGAUCAGCAGCAAACAGUGGUACCUUUUGGAAACAACAAGGCAGAUGAAAGAUUGCUCCUUCUCCUUUUCUGUGAUAAGGGAGGAAAGUUAAUAGGUGACUUAUCUAGCUUACCUAUUGAAGUAAUCCCCCAAGUAAAUCCUAUAGUAUGGGACACGGAGGUUCCAGGCAAAGCAUUAAACAGUCCCCUGGUUUGCAUCCAACUUAAGCCUGGUGUCCUGUACCCCUGGAAGAGACAAUGGCCUUUAAAGCUCGAGGCACAAAGAGGGAUUGGACCAUUA